UUCUUCUUUUUCUCUCUCACAGGCUCCCACGCCUCCUUCCUCAACAUACACACAUUAACACACAGCUUCUCUCUCUCUCUCUCUCUCUCUCUUUAGAAUCUAGAACAGAAGAGAAAAAUGGGAGAUGAGAAGAAGUCCCAAGCAGCAGCUGGUGUAUGGCCUACUGUUAAACCUUUUGUUAAUGGUGGUGCCUCUGGUAUGCUUGCCACUUGUGUCAUUCAACCCAUCGAUAUGAUCAAGGUGAGGAUUCAAUUGGGUCAGGGUUCAGCUGCUCAGGUGACGAGGACUAUGCUUAAAGAAGAGGGUUUUGGUGCCUUCUACAAGGGGCUAUCUGCUGGACUACUCAGGCAAGCCACAUAUACAACUGCCCGACUUGGAUCAUUCAAGAUUUUGACCAACAAAGCUAUUGAAGCCAAUGAUGGGAAGCCUCUACCUUUAUAUCAGAAGGCUUUGUGUGGGCUAACUGCUGGUGCUAUUGGAGCAACUGUUGGCAGUCCAGCAGAUUUAGCACUUAUCCGUAUGCAGGCGGAUGCCACUCUCCCUGCUGCUCAGCGCCGAAAUUACAAAAAUGCCUUCCAUGCCCUUUACCGUAUCUCCUCAGACGAAGGAGUUUUGGCUCUGUGGAAGGGUGCAGGCCCAACUGUAGUGAGAGCCAUGGCAUUGAACAUGGGAAUGCUUGCUUCUUAUGAUCAAACUGUUGAGUUUUUCAGGGAUUCUGUUGGUUUGAGUGAAGCUGCUACUGUGAUUGGUGCAAGUGCUGUAUCAGGGUUCUUUGCUUCAGCUUGCAGUCUUCCCUUUGAUUAUGUUAAAACUCAAAUUCAGAAAAUGCAACCUGAUGCUCAAGGAAAAUAUCCUUACACUGGCUCUUUAGACUGUGCCAUGAAGACUCUUAAGUCAGGAGGACCAUUCAAAUUCUACACAGGAUUCCCUGUCUAUUGUGUUAGAAUCGCUCCACAUGUCAUGAUGACCUGGAUAUUCCUGAACCAGAUCCAAAAGUUUGAGAAAACCGUGGGGUUGUAGUUUUCAGCAGAGACAGAGAUUUUCAGUUGACUUGAGCUAUUAAUAAUUAUAUUUUGCCCAUGUAGUUUCUGGCUGGUUUGGUGGUUCACACCAUAAGUGCAACCGAUUGUUUUAAAAAAUUUACAGUGCAAUUGAGGUAGGCUUUUUAGAUUUAUUCAACUUGAACUUGAACUUGAACCUGAACUUGAACUUGUUAUAUUAGCUCAUUGACAGAUUUUGGACGCCAUGAAAUCCCCUCUCAAAUUCAAGAUAAUUUUCCAUUUGGAAGUCCUUCAGAAGAGAAAAUUACAGGAAAAAUAAAUUUUGUACUUGAUUAUAAACAGGUAUUUUUGCAUUAGUUUUUGUUGUUCCUGAAAUGAAAGUUGACAGGGUUUAAAGCA